AAGUCGCAAGAUGGCUGACGUCGCUUGGAAGUAAUGUUCCCCUCUGCAACAUGAAGCCGUGAGCGUGGAAGAAAGCGAGGGAGGCACCAUCGGGCUUUUAUUUUUAUUUUCUUUUAGUUACUUUUCUUUUCUUUCGUCAAACAUCCAUCUCAUUCCGCGUCGUGUCCGCCCCGGACUAGUCUUCGGGAGUUGACGCGUCAAAUCACGCCGGGGACCCUGCCAGCAGCAGCUAGCAGCUUAGCCACAGUUAGCAAAUAUUAGUGCAGCCAGGCACGCUGCUCAUUAGUUUGUUUUAAAUUAAUAUUCUGACACUUGUUAUCCUGCACGCUGGUGCUGCACACGUGCUGAAAUUUCCCAGAGCCAGUGCCGAAUAAAUGUGAACAUUUUCAUCUGUCAGAUUUAAAAAUAACAACGGUUUUCAAGCUGCUCGGUUCACCAUCAUGUCCGCGAACUGGCCAUCCAGCCUGUGGGUUUGCUAACUAAAAAGCGCAGUAUUGCAUCUGUUUCAUGUGCACAAAACAGCGGGAUUUUUUGUUAUUUUGCAGACAUUUCUCGGUAACAUCCACCAUCUCGCUGCAUUUCCGUUACUCGCUACCGACUGCAUUUUGGAAGCUGGUCGUGUUUAAAGCCAAAUUAUGGGAGCAGGAAACGUGUUGAACUUUUUCUGGUAGGGUAGGUAGGUAGCUACACUGGCCUUUUCUGGCAUCUCACCAAAAAUCCACAGGGAUGGACACUAAACUGAGCACCCUCGACCAAAACUGAAGUAAAGAAAAAACAAAUUGGCAUUUCGAUAUCUUGGGAUAACUACCAGAUACAGUGGUGCGGCGGUGCAUGGUGACUCGUUUUGCUAGUCAGCGUGACAGCCAAGUUGUUUUGCUGGGUUAACUAAACUACAGUUUUGUCACUACAUCGGAGACCAGUUAGCUUUGCCCCCGGAGUGCACAGCUAGCUGCAAGUCUCGCCCCACAACACGUUACAAACACGGCGUACAGAACGUAUUCAGAGCCCGCUCCCGGUCAGACGCACCGGCUCAAUAACACCGUCAUGGGAGUGCAGGGCUUUCAGGAGUAUUUAGAGAAGCGGUGUCCCGGGGCCACGGUCCCCGUGGACCUCCUCAAGCUUGCCCGGACCGCGGCCCGCCAGCCCCCUCAUCAUCAUCACCCACACCACCACCCACAUCACCCCGGGCCCAUGCCUCCCCCGCCCCCGCCUGCCAGGAUCCUAAUCGACGCUGAUUCCGGCCUGCAGCGCCUGUACGGCGGCUACCAGACGGACUGGGUGUGCGGAGGCGAGUGGAACGCCAUGCUGGGAUACCUGGCCGCCCUGUCGCAGGCCUGCUUGUACCAGGGUGGCCUGGAGCUGGUCGUGGUUUUCAACGGCACCCUGGGGAAGGAGCGCUGGCCCGAGUGGGCGCGGCGAGCUCAGAGCCAGCGACAGACGGCGCAGCUGAUAGUCAACCACGUCGGCAGCAAGGCCACCCCGCCUCCCCGGGCAUGGUUCCUGCCCCCGGCCUGCCUCAGCCACUGUGUCCGCCUCGCCAUGUUCCGCUUCCGAGUGCGGGUUGUACAGACUUUGGAGGACCACCACCAGGAAGUGCUCUCUCUCUACAGGGACUAUGGAUUUGCAGGCCUGAUCGCUCAGGAUUCAGAGUUUGCGCUCUGCAACGUCCCCGCCUACUUCUCCUCGCAUGCGCUCAAACUGAGCUGGAAUGGAAAGAACCUGACCACACACCAGUAUCUGCUGUCCGAGGCCGCCAGGCAGCUCGGGCUCAAGACACAGCACCUGCCCUGCUUUGCUGCUCUGCUGGGAAAUCAUAUUUUGCCUGAUGAAGACCUGGCUGCCUUCCACUGGAGUCUGCUGGGACCAGAACACCCACUAGCCUCCCUCAAGGUGCGAGCCCAUCAGUUGGUGCUGCCGCCCUGUGAGGUGGUGAUCAAAGCUGUCUCAGAGUACGUAGCCUCCAUCAAAGAUCUGGGAAACCUCGACGCCAUUGCCAGAGAUGUCUUCAAACAGUCACAGUCUCGUAUGGAGGACAAGGUGGAGCGAUUCAAGAAAGCUGUGGAGUAUUUCUCAGCUGCCUCCAAACCCCGCUCACCUAACAUGGGGCCCUCCUCUUUCAUCUUACCUGGGUUUGGACCUGCUCCAUUUGGGGGACCACCUGGUCACAUGGGACCGAUGCAGCCUGGAAAGAAUCAGUUCCCUCCCCCCCAGGUCCCGGGGUUAAAGCCACACUAUCAAAAUGCUCCAUAUGGACCUGGCUCCGCCCCUCUGUUCCAGACCCCACAGCCGCCAUCCCAAGACUGCAACGACUCACUGACGGGCAAGAUGGGCUUCACUGACUGGUCAGCUCCAUAUGAUUCCACUCAGGGGGGAAGUCGACUACCCAAUCAUCACACCGGCGCUCUGUCUGGCCCCUCUCCGUCUCCUUCCUCAUCGUCGGAUGGAGAUGAACCCAAUGACAGCAACGCCAACCAUUUGACAGACAAGUCCUCUCGGUGGGAGGAUCCCGCUGGAAGAGGGGGCUCCGGCUCUGGAGACGGUUCCCAAGGCAAUGGGAGCGGGUCAAACAUUCCGUCACUGUUAUCUAUGGCGACACGGAGUCACAUGGACAUAACCACACCCCCUCUGCCUCAGGUCAGCGCUGAGGUUCUUCGUGUAGCCGAACACAGACACAGAAGAGGGCUGAUGUACCCCCAGAUCUACCACAUAUUGACCAAGGGAGAGAUGAAGAUGCCAGUGUGUAUAGAGGAUGAGUGUAACUCUGAGCUGCCUCCUGCCUCUCUGCUGUUCCGUGCUGCCAGACAGUAUGCCUACGGCGUCCUCUUCAGCCUGGCUGAAACACACCGCCGCCUGGAGAGGCUCGCUCUCCGCAAGAGGGCUCCCCUGGAAGUUCCUCCAGUGAUUAUCAAAGAGUGGAGCAGCGGUAAGGCCAAGUCGGCCCUGACACCAGAGCUGGUUCCCGCCUUGUGUUUCCGUGAGUGGACCUGCCCCAACCUCCGGCGGCUCUGGUUAGGUCGUGCCAGCGAGGACCGCUCCAGGAGAACCAGGGCCUUCCUGGCCUGCCUACGCUCAGACUGUCCAGCCCUCCUCAACCCAGCACAGGUCCCACAGCAUCUGCUGCUCAUGUGCUGCGUGCUCAGGUAUAUGAUGCAGUGGCCUGGAGGAAGGAUCCUCCAGAGACAUGAGCUCGAUGCCUUCCUGGCCCAAGCUGUUUCCAGCCAGCUCUAUGAGCCUGACCAGCUACAGGAGCUGAAGGUGGAGAAGGUGGAUGCUCGCGGCGUGCAGCUGGCUGCUCUCUUUAUGGCCGGCGUCGAUACGGCGCUGUUUAUCAACGAUGUCUGCGGUCAGCCGUUGCCGUGGGAACACUGCUGCCCCUGGGGCUUCUUCGACGGUAAACUGUUCCAGAGCAAACUGGCCCGAGCCGCCCGUGACCGAGCCGCCCUGCUGGACAUGUGUGAGGGGCAGGAGGAGCUGGUGUCCAAGGUCGAGAAGAUGCGCCAGGCGAUCCUCGAGGGCAUUAACCUGUCUCGCCCUCCUCCUCCACCACCACCUCUUCCACCUCCUGCCUUCCUUCCCCCUGCCAUGAUGCCCCCUUUCUACCCCAUGCCUCCUCUCUACCCACCCCGUCCGAUGGGCGGCAUGCCCCCACAUCACCCACAUCAUCCACACCACCCAGCCCAGCACAGGCCCCGAGGCUUCCCAGGCAUUCAGUCCAUCCCCCCUCAGGGAGGGAAACUGGAGAUCGCUGGCAUGGUGGUUGGUCAGUGGGCUGGCAACAAACCAGUCCGUGGGAGAGGGGGCUUGAACAUGCAGGUGGUGUCAGUGGGAGCCGGGAAAGGGAGGGGUAAAGAGACUCCAGCAAAACUAAGGGGAGGGAAGAAGACAACUGCCAACAGAACACAGACGUCGUCCCCCCCAUCCAGCAGUCCCCCAAAGCCCUCCGAGGAGGCGGGCUCCACGCCAGAGGUUGCGCCUCAGCAGCUGAACGGCAGCUCAGCAGCCUCCGCCAUCGGCCAGCCCUUGGAGCUGACUCCCCUGGCCCAGCCAACCCCGUGUGCCUUAGCCAGCAGAGACAACCAAUCAGAGGGGGUGGAAGUGGAGGCCCCCUGUUGCCUUGACGACUGCCCGUCAGACGGAGCACUACAGAAGGAGGAGUGAUGGCAUCCUUACCAGGAUGCGCUGCUCUAAGAGAGUUAUCUGUGUUCGACUGCCUUUCCCUGUUUUUGUAGCCCUGUCUGCUAGCUGUGCACAUCAUCACACGGCGCAGGAGGUGACGUGAGGCCUGUCCUCGCCUCCUCUGCUGCGCCGUGUGAUUAGCUAAACCAGUUAGCCGUUACCCCCCCUCCCCCCUAUAAGUUUUCUCAUAUGGUUUUGCAUUGUUUCUGAAGAGAGGUUUUUCCAUGAGUCCGUAAGCGCCCCACCUGUCAAAAAAAAUCCCCCAUAAUCCUUCCCUGUCCGCACUCAGAGUGAAAUAAGCUUAAAGCCCCGCCCCAUCACCCCCACAUCUUUAAUCAAUCCCACCCCCUUUUAUUAGGGGUGUCUGUACAGUUUGAUUAUUUUGUUGUUGUUGUUUUUUUUUCCAGUCGUCCCGUUGUUUGAAUCUCUGCACACAGACGUUAAGCAUGCGGCGACGGUGACAGGCGGUCGUUGUAUGUUGAUGUGGUUUGUUGCCAUAGCCACCUCACGAGAGGUCAGAGAUGUUCAGAGUCCGACUCUUCUGUGCAGCGACCCUCGCCAAACUCCACUCUGCAACCAGGUUGGCUGGCAGCGCUGCUAAAUACACAGCGGUAGCGCUCGCGCUAGCAUCAAACCCCGUUAUUAUUUUUUUUUCUUUCAUUGAUUUGAUUGGUUAAUCUGUCACUGAAGCACUUCUGCACCACCAUGGCAUUAGUGUGAUAUCUUACUUUGCCCAAUGUAGCAUAGCCUAGUACUUAGCUGUGCUAAGAGAUCCCAUGAAUUUAUGCACCUUAAGCCCUACAGUAUGCAAGAUUUUCCCCCGACCCUCCAAAAAAGAAAAAAAAAAUGCAUUAUUAUGUUAUUGUCCCACCCCUCACCCCGCCCCCUUCCCCUCCUCCCAAAGCUUUGAUUGUACUACCCCAGCAGAAGCACUUAAUGUUGUAUUUAAAUAUAAUGGAUUUAAACAAGCCCCUACACCACAGGUGUCGAACUCCAGGCCUCGAGGGCCGGUGUCCUGCAGAUUUUAGAUGUGUUCGUGAUCCAAUACGGCUGAUUUAAAUGGCCAAAUUACCUCAUCAACAUGUCUUGAAGUUCUCCAGAUGCCUGGUAAUGAACUAAUCAUUUGAUUCAGGUGUGUUGACCCAGGGUGAGAUCUAAAACCUGCAGGACACCGGCCCUCGAGGCCUGGAGUUUGACACCCCUGUCCUACACAGUUGAAUUGACAGUCGGUGAGGGGCGUUCCCCACGCCCGAGUAAAUCAUUAUGACACAUAGAUCUACAUUUAAAGAUAGAGAUCUAUUUGAGAGACGUCAGAAUGUGAACAGAGUGGUUUCAGACAAAGAAGCACUUUGUUUUAAAAAAUGUUAAACCACACUGGACAGUCCUCUAACAGUUGAUAUAGAAAUGACAACCUCUCUGAGGCACCUUCUUCAGUUAAAGGCCAAAAACGUAGAAAUGGAAACUGUCCAGUAAAAGAUGGAAAUGAGCGGUGAGGUUUUUGGGCGACUGCUGCCAGGCAGAGUUCCCCUCAGACUGCCCUCACACAUUCACUUUGCUAUGAAGCUAAAAGGAGUCUUGAUCGUCCACGUCGAGGAGCUCCUGGGAAUCAUUUCAGAUUUCUUAAAAACUAUUUCCAAAGUGUAUUUUCAUAAGACAUAUGUGAUAUAAAAGUGGCGUGGCAGCAAAGCCUCAAAAGAUUGAGCAGCUGUUGUCAUUACAAAUGCCCGACACAGAGAGCCGCUGCUCGGCGAAGCUCCGGUGUGUCACUUUAGACCAGCAGGAAGCACUUCCCUGCCCCUGAAGCGCCUCAGCCGAGCGUGGCGCGAGCCUUCAUGGGCCGGACCGCAUCGUCACUUGACAGGGGAGAGGGAGGCCUCGUGGCGGACCCCGAGCGUGCCGCUCACAAUCUGAGACUUCUAGGAAAUGUUUUAUUAGAGCAUUUAUGUUUGUAGAGAAUGAAAUGUGUCCCCCACCUCCACACACACACAGUAACGUCUCAUCUGACAAAGGAAAUACAAGCAUGUACCUUCUUAACGAUUAGCUGUAGCACAACUGCAAACGUCAAAGCAGUAGAGCGACAGAUACUGCCUGAGAGAUGCUGGCCAUGAUCGUUGUAAUCUCUCUAAAACGUACGUAGAGAGGCUGAAAUAAACUCGUCACAUGGAAAAAAGGGCAAGUCAGCAAAGAAGCACCUUAUUUUCUUACUACAUUGAUGACUUGCGCUUCAUCGUGUGCCACAAAAUUUGACACGGAAGAAAAAAGCUCCUAUGAAAUGCUUUUUUUUUUUUUUAUUUGUUUGUUUCUUUAUUGUUUUUUGAAGGAAACAGAAGACCCUGACUAUAUAUAUAUAUAUAAAUAUAUAUAAGUAAGUGUUAAUGUAGUCGCGUCAGACAUCCCCUCUGUUAUGAACUCAGCCAUUUACAGUGACACGCUGACAGUCGACCCAGCCGUGAGCGCAGGCCCACCGAGGCCAUGCCGCCGCCUCUUACACCAACACCAAAUGAAAUCAAAAAAAGGUUCGGACUAGUUAGCCGUUAAUUGGUAGGGAUCUACGAGCACUUUAGGUGUUCUUAGGUUAAGAGUAGGUAAACAGCGUCGGGGCUUAACACAGGACUGUAAAACAGACACCAAGACUAGGCUAGAGAAUAUAGCUCCACUGGCCGAAAUACUAAGUCUAGAUUUACUAGGAGUCAUAUACUUAACUGCUUUCAACUUUUGACAUUAGUACAAAUACGUGUAUUGCAGCAGUACAUUGUUAGAAGAUGGCUUUUCUGCGGCGAUCCAGAGUGUGACCUGGUAUUCGAUGCCCUCUCUCGAUUCGCGCGCCAGAUAACAGUUACACACACACACACACACACACACACACACACACAUGCACAAACACACACACAUGUUCACAAUACGCGCGCACACACACACACCCACACGCGCACACACACACAGAGAAAUCAGUUGCAUUUGUUACCAGCGGCAUUCUCUCUGCUUUCGUGCUGAAGUGAUUUCUUUUUGUGCAGUUUCAGUUCCCAGUGGAGUGGUCGUCAGUUCAUCUGAGAUUUUUUGGUAACACUUUCUACUGACCGCGAGGAGGAAGAAAAAAUAAAUAAAUCCCACAUUCACAUUCAAGUUUUUGCUGCAUGGACACAGAUUGGAGAAACACACGCGCACACCGACACACUUUUAGAAUACACGCACAUAAUAAACACACGGAUAUAUAGAUGUUAAAUCCUGAGUUACACAGUAGGUAGUUUGGAAAAAAAAAAGGAAAAAAAAAAGUCAACACAACACAUGAUGUAGUGUCCCUCUUUUGUCCUCGUCUGUUUUAGUUUGAUAGGUAUUUGAUCAGUGAUUUUUAUGCUUGUUAUCCUCUAACCCGCCCCUGCUAUGACACUUCUUCUCGCUGUUCAUCCAUUUAUUCUUUUCUCCCACCCUCAAAUUUUUCCUCAGCCUCCUUGUAGAGUACUUACAUCCACGAAAUCACACACAGACACACACACACACACACAUAAACCAAGCCCACUGCAGGCACACACAGAUAUCCUCCACACAGGUUAAUCCCACCCCCCGUCCUCCUCCCACUGUAUCUGUUUCCUUUCACCUCCCUCUCUGCCGCUCCGUUAGCCCCUUUAGGACCGUUUCUAUUGGCCGUUUUUAUUUUUUCUCUUUUUCUCUUCGGGCUGCCCCGCCCCCUUAAUCAACCCAACUAACAGUAAAGGUUAUAUUAACGUUGAUAAUCAGUUUCUGUAUGUAUCUAGCCAGAGUGGAUUUAAAAAAAAUCUGAAAAAAAAUCAAAACUGUUUUAUUCAAUUGUGCAAAAUGUGUUUUUUCUUACUAUUUUUAAUGUUAUUACAUCUUCUAAUCUAAUCCUUCUACCAUCGCUUCAGUUAGUACUGAAAUACGCUUAGCCAACCUAGAGAUUUGAACUGUAACGAUCGCCAUUUUCCUUACCUGUAUUUUAUAUGGCAUCUGUAGACCACUUCACCGUUUUAUUAUUGUACGUAAGUAAAUAUUGCCCGUUUUUUCGGAUUGAAAAUCGUCGUCUGCACUAUGUUCGAUUCUCAUAUUAUCCCCGAUAACGAGUUUUUGCUCUUCGUCGUUAAUCAAAGCUCAACUCUGCGCCCUUGCACAAAGCAGCGAAACAUCUCUUGUGAACACCUGAGAACCAAAGUACACCUAGUAUCCCCGUCUAUCCCUCCACCACCCCAAAACAAGCUCCUCUAUAGCCCCUCCCCCUGCCCAACAUUGACAGCUCCCCGCCCCUCCACCCCGAGUAAUAAGUUUCUGAUGAUUAUAUGUAUAAUGACAUUACAGCACGUGUGAUUUAUCCGACAGAUCUGUGAGGUAACGGUGUGGUGUUUCAUUUUUAUUUUUGUUGUUUUUCAUACUGUGGUUUUCGUGGAGACGCAGACGGACCGGGCAGCGAGUGAGCGUCUCAUCAAAAUCUCCCGCUCGCUCCUCACAGUGAAGUUUUAGCCGGUGUGAACCGCUCCACUCGCUCCCAUCACAUCAAAUUAAGUAACCACACACGGGAAGAAGGAAUGACACCUGACAAAUGUUCUCUGUCACGCCGAGCUUGUGGCACCCUCUUUUGCUUUUUUUUUUUUUGUUUGUUUGUUUUGUUUUUUGUUUUGUUUUUUGCUUUUUUUUCUUCAAAACUUUGUCUUUUAACUCCCAGGACUCGAACUGAACGAGUCUUUUCAUGCUGUACGUGGGCACUGAGGCGGAGGAAAGAGAGACUGUUUUCCUCACAGUGCGAAUCUGAGAUUGAUCGACCAUCCAGGAGGUUUAUUCACAUCAAGGAAAUAAACAUUUUAGCCAUGAGGAUCUGCUUUCAGAGCUUUCGGGCUUCUCAUACACAAAAAAUUGAUAGAAUCUCAGAGUUUUGUGGACCAGAACAAGCAAUUUUAAUAUUGGUGUUGUGCUGCUGCAACAUGAGUAAUUUUCUGUCACUUAUUGCAAAAUUUACUAAACAGAAUGCGUAUUUGGUAGUUGUAGGGCCGAUCUCUUGGUGGAAAUUAGUGUGUUAUUCUGACAUUUGUACGUUUGAACCAUAACAAGCUAAUUGACAUUAGUGCAUCGAGCUGCAGAAAAUACAGCUGCUUCCUGGCACAUUUUACUGCAAUCAUCAAGUCAUAUUUAAAGGAAUUGUUAUCUGAUAUGAUUUAGGCUGAAUAUCUAUAUUUUAGACAGUUGGUCUGACAAAAUUAGGCGAUUUUAAGAUGCUGUCUGUUGAUUUUGACAUCAGUAGUGAAAAUCAUUGCAAGUUUGCAGACCUUGUUAGUUAAUCCCAGUCCAUAGUCAACAUCCUGUUUUUAUAGUGAAUAAAAGUUAUUUUCCAUCUUAGUUAGGGCAUUUAUUGGUUUAGAGGCUUUUGUUCAGAUAAAAAGAAGCAAUUUUAAGACAUUUUCUCCACCAAAAGCUGUUUUAUUUUGAAGGAAUGAAUAAAGAAAGCUGCAGUCCUCGUUAACAAAUUCCAAUCCAUGGCUUACAUCUCGCUUUGAUCAUCAUAAAAUUUCAUUUCCAGUUUCUGAUUUAAAUCAGGAGGUUUAAACCAUCUUAGCUGAAGUGCUGUGAGGAAAAUUCUCGCUCUGACUGAAAUGAAUAGUAUUUGUGUCAUAAAGCUGGUUAAAAGUAACCCCCACCUCUCUGCCUACGAAAACGGGAGCAUCCUCUGAAGAGAAGCAAAAGCCCCAGAACAGGAGUGUGUGCGUGUAUUAUUGUAGAAAUGAAACAGUAUUAUCUUCUGUCAUACAGAAAGGAGUCAUCGGUUGGGUUGUAUCUGUCCAGGAAAUCUCACAGCAUUUUUGUCUGGUUUGAAUAAGGGUCCCUAAUUUCUGUCUCUCUCUACACUGCCAGUCUCCCCCCCCUCAACAGCCCCCCGGAAGGUUCAGAAUAACCUGUCCCCCCCUUCCACCUCCCUCCAUUCGUGGCCGAGUCCCCGUCAAGCUGGGGGCCGUUUCACAUCACGUCGGUCAAUGCAUCAGUACCCAGAACCACCCAAAAACUACCUGUGCAGCGAAAAAAGGGUUAAAAUUUAUCCAUAAUAUUGUUAUAGAAAUAUUAUCAUCAUCAUUAUUGCUGUUAUAAUUAUGGUUGGUAUAAUUUGUCAUCAUUGUUAGCAUUAUGGAAGCACCAGACGGUUUGUGGAAAGGUGAGAGAAAGUUUUUUUUGUUCUUUUGUUUUUAAUUUGUCUGGCUGUUGGUGGUCUGAUCUCACAGAGGCAGGGGAGGAAUGGUUCAGAAAGAGACAAAGAUGGCAGUCAUGUUUGUACUGGUUGGGAAAUGACUUACAGUGCUGAAAUAAAAUUUAUUCUUUUAGUAAAAAAAUGUA